AUGGGAGUGCUUUUGGCUAUCUGCUUAAUUUUUGUCUUUUUAGCGGUUUCUCGGUCUACCAUUAUUUCGCGGAAAUACAUCCGGAAACCAGAAUUCGAUGAUAAAAAAUCAAGUAAUGAAUUCUUGGAAGAAUACAAUUCUGCAUCCUUUAUCAAGUGUGCAACUCUCUGUCAAACGGAGUGCUUUUUCUAUGGAUUUAACCCUCGCAUUAAGAAAUGUCGUACCCACAAAAUGAUUUUCACAUCUGGAAUUUAUAAUGAGAAUGACUGGAGAUACUAUUCCUUUGACUUUAUUCCCAGAGAUUGUGAGGAUCUUUACUCAGAUGGUAACACUAAUUCCGGGGUGUACGACAUCUACCCCUAUGGAACCAUUACUAGUCCGGUCCGAGUUUACUGCGAUAUGAACAUAGUGGGGGGAGGAUGGACGGCGAUUCAAAAACGUGUCACUGGAUCCCAGAGUUUUGACAAGGAUUGGGCAGCAUAUAAAAUUGGUUUUGGUGCCCCGGAACAGGAUUUCUGGGUUGGAAAUGACGUAAUACAUCUGUUAACAAAAGAAAAGAACACAUCCCUGUAUAUUUCCAUCACUCUCCAGAAUGGCACAAAGCUGUAUGAAAUAUACGACCGAUUCUCUGUCUCCGAUGAAACAGAAAAUUACAAACUCUAUCUUGCAAGACCUGCCACAGGAACGUUAGGUGACCGUAUGUUGGACACUGGUAUUCCUCAGUAUGACUUGUCUGAAAUGUACUUUACAACUCGGGACAGAGAUAACGACAAGUAUAGCUAUGGUAACUGUGCUGUGGACUGGCAGGGAGGGUGGUGGUUCAACUUCUGUCACCACGCCUACCUUACCGGCCCCUGGUCCUCGCCAGGCUGGCUGUAUCCAUGGAACCCCGCUGUAGAGAGUGGGGAAUCUGUUAGAGGGACACUGAUGUUGAUCAAAAGUCUUCAGGUAAAAACAUCAUUCAGAGGACUGGGUCAAUCAGAACUCAUCGGAUGUUUCGUGAACUUAACAAUUAAUAUAUAA